UGAAUCUAAAAAAUUGAUGUUUAUAUCAUUUUUUAAUGGAAUGAGUUUGGUAAGUACACUUCAGAAGGAUUCAGUCUGAUUCGGACUGAAUAUCAUUUUCCAAAAGAAAAAAAAAAAUACAAAACCCAAACAACAGCCCACCAAUACAAAACUACAUCCAACCUUAGAGAUCUCCUAGGAACAGCAGCAACCAUAGAAAGACAGAGAGAGAAAGAGAGUGAAACAUGAAGAGGUGUGUGGAGUUUAUGAAGAGCAACCUACCAUAUAUAUGCAUGAUCCUAAGCAAUUUGGUGUUUGCAGGGACUGUCUUGUUCUCCAAAGUAGCCAUUGCUAAUGGAAUGAACCCUUAUGUCUUCGGUGCUUAUCGCCAAGCUUUUGCCACUCUUGCCUUGGCUCCUUUUUCUUUCUUCCUUGAGAGAAAGAACUCAGCUCCCUUGUCAUUCAACUUACUCUGCAAGAUCUUCUUGGCUGCUAUGAGUGGGAUUACAUUGUGCAUAAAUCUCUUCAAUCUAUCACUGAAUUACAUCCCUGCAACAUUCGUUACCGCAACUUCUAAUGCGAUUCCUGCCAUUACCUUUGUCCUUGCCAUUCUUUUAAGGGUGGAAAGCUUUUCAAUAACUCAAUGGCAUGGAGUGGCUAUGGUGUUGGGUUCAAUGCUUUGUGUUUGUGGGGCUUUGUUGGUCACUCUUGUCAAGGGACCUCCUGUGCACCUAACAUCUACUCACAAGGACAAUUCAAACCCAACUAUGGGGUGUAGGUCCAAAGUGGAUUGUAUAAAAGGCUGUCUUAUUAUCAUCUCAGCCCAAACUGCAUUGUCUUUUUGGCUUGUUAUGCAGGGCCUAAUGCUCAAGAUAUAUCCAAAUAAACUACGACUUACAGCUCUACAAUGCUUUUUUAGCUGCAUACAAACGCUAGUGUGGGCUGUUGCAGUUGACAGAAACAUAUCAGCAUGGAAACUAAGAUGGGAUUUUAAUCUUCUUGCUGUGGCCUAUUGCGGUAUAAUGUUCAAUGGGGUGAGUUACUGGAUGAGAAUUUGGGUAAUACAAAGGAGGGGACCCGUCUUUGCAGCAGCAUUUACUCCAGUUUCUUUUAUAUGCACAGCCAUCUUCUCAGUAUUAAUAUGGAAGGAGAUACUCCAUUGGGGAAGUGUUGGUGGAUUUAUACUUCUAGUUUGUGGGCUCUAUGGAGUUUUGUGGGGGAAGCACAAAGAAGGAAAAAUCAAACCAUCAAUUGAACAAAAAUCAGAAACCAAAGAGGAAACUGUGUAGCAUCCAUGGCAUAUUGGAGAGGAGUUGCUUCAAUUGGCUAAAUACAAGAUACAUCUUCCCCCAAAUCCCUUAAAAUUGUGGGCCCCGCAUGCAAAUAUGUGUAUCUGUAAUUAAUUAUGUGAUCUAUAUAUGCAGUGUUGUCGUUGGUUCCGGUUCAGUGAGAGAAGCUUUGAGAGCAUCUCUCACAAUUGUGUGAAAUUUCACUAAGAAACUUGUAGCUUAGGAAACUCUCACAGCUACUUUUAAAUUU